UUAAUACUGCGCCUAUAUUUUAUAAUUUCAUCUUGAUAAGUUAACAAAUAAAUCAAAUUCUUAUUACCAGAAUCAAAUAUAAUUCAUAAUAAAUUCUACAGUCAAAGAAUUAUAUGAUUAUCAUAAAACCCUUUUGGCUUUUCACAUUGACUUAUUAGCAAGAAGCUACUUGUUUCUGAAGUGUAAAAGAACCUUAUUAGAAAAACAAAAAAUUGAGGCAUGACCAUUUUCAUAUGUAGUGUACAGAAAAUGAUGUCAAAGAUUUAUUAUUAAUCUGGUGCAGUUAGUUGAAAGAUAUAACAGUGUUGGAUUGGAUGCUUUUGUUAUUAAACUACAAUUAAUGAGUAUUCUGAUGCAUCCCCUGUUAUUUUCUGCAAUCUAUCAUACAUGUCAUCAAAGCUAGAAGGCUGCAAAAGUCUGUAUCCCCUAACAACCACAGGCAGCAAAAUUUUAUCUAUGAAGCUGCAAAAUGCUUGGCUGUGCAAAUCCACAAACUAUAUCCAUAGAACGUGAACCAGGUGAAACCCGAGGACUCUUAGGUGGAGAGGCGGGCCAAAUCCAAGUUCAACAGCAAACAAGAAAUACAGGUUCAACCAACCGGAACUCCAGUAAAGCUUACACAAAGGGGUUAACCAGUAACGAGAAGCCCAAGGAAAAGAGCAAUAAACAUCGGAUUUUGGGCUUUUCUGCAAGGCCACAGGUACAGCAAACCGAUUCAACCCAUCAUCUCGAACCUUCAGGUUUUGGUCUUGGUUGGAUGAAUCCAAUUAUUCUCGUCCGCAAGAGUGCCGACACCUCUGAUACCAGCCCGACUUCCUCUCUGCCGGAGACCCUGAGGAAACAAGUUACAAGGAGCAAAAAGCCUGAUAGCAAUGACAGAGUGAAUGCAGGAAACCACUUGGAACGUGAGGAGAAUUCUAAGAAGCAUGCUACCGUCCAGAAAAAGUUCGAUAAGAAAAGGGGAACUAGAACCUUAAUAAAUCAGAAGCCAAUGGCUAAGAAGCUUAACAAAGAAGUUCCAAAUAAUCAGGUUAAGGAGAGCAGGGAUGUUUUGGAGAUAUUUAAGGUCAACAAGGAUUUAUUCCUAGAUAUUCUGCAAGAUCCGGAGGUUGGUAUUUCACAGCAUUUUCCUGGAAAGCAAACUUACAAGACGUUAAAGUUAACAAAAUCAGGGUCAUUUCCAGUUUCUGAUUCACCUCGCACUAGCUAUCUUAGGUCUAGUACACUUGAGCACAAGCAAAAGGAAGUUUGGUCCUUUGGAAAAGGAGAAAAAUCAUGUUCUGGUACUCGAUUAUCCAAGUCAGGGGCGUUGAGAACUGAAGAUGGAUUUAGGAGCACCAUAACAGAAGAAGCAAGCUCUUCAUCCCAGGGACCUGAUUCUCAAAGGUGGAAUCAUUUAGUUAUGAGCCGUCUCAAGUAUAUGAAGCAUAUAAUUAAGCAGGCCCUCAAGGAAAGGAGAAAGGGUAUUAACCACACAAUAGUGGAUGGAGUCACCCUCCAGAUUUCUUCAAGAGAUACAUUGUGCACACAUGAGAGAGAGAUGUCUGAAAGCUUGGAAAAGACAACUGUGGAACAAGAUAGUAUAAAAACUUUCAGUAGUUCUUAUCAGACUGAUGCUUCUGAUCCCGAUACCAGCGAUGGUAGAUGCAGCAAGAUAAGAAGAACAAAAUCUAUAAAUGAGUCAUUAGAUAGAUAUACUCAAUUGUUUGAGCAUAGUGUAAGCAAAGAGGCCAAUUUGCAUCACUCUAAAAGCUUAACAUUGACCAAUGAAGAUAAAGUUCCAUCAAGAAGGUGUGCUCCGAAAUUUUUCAGAAGGAUUUCCUCUCUAUCUGAUCUUGAGUCCUUCUGCUCCCUUCUACAUGAGGUGUCACGUGAUGCUCUUUCUUCAGAGAUACCAAUUAGGAGUGUUUUAAAUUAUGAUGCAAACAGGGAAAGCGAUGGGCAUAAUGAACCGAACUCAAUUAGUUUCCCUGAAGAUAUAGAUAAAUUUGAACUAGUGGAAGCUGUUCUAGAAGCUGAGUUACAGGAAAAAAUGACAGAAAGAAAUAACCGCAGUUCAACUGUUUUAUUAGUGGAUAGAAAGCCUCAACAAAUUGCCAAACCAUGUGACUUCGAUGAAGACAUUGUUGAGUUGGCAGUGGAGAAAAGCAGUCCUCACCUAGAGCAUGAGAGUGUUUGUGCAGUCAAUCCAAGUACAGAGCCUACACAACAAAGUUCAGAUUCAGAUGACAUAACUAGCAAGGCAGAGCAUCCAAUCUCAGAAGGUCUACAAUUGAAUUGUCCAAACCUUCCUACAGAUGAAACAGAUUCUUCCACCUUCUUAAAAGACCCGUACAAUACAGAUUCUUUACCAGGCUUUUGCCACACAACAAGCCACGAAAAUGUUGAGUAUGAAACCUUGGGGAUCAGUAGAAGCUUCUUAUUCUUUGAAUCAGAUAAAGAGGAUGAUCCUUGCUACAAUAAUAUAACAGAUAAUCUUGAGCUGCCAGGUAUCAUACAAAAUGAGUACCUCCAGACAUGGUACUCACCAAACCAACCAUUGAACCUUUCAUUGUUCAAGGAAUUGGAGACUUUGUUCCGCCCUGAACUCGAACGCUCCUUUCAGGAAGCUGGAAGCAACUAUGAUCAACAGCUCGUUUAUGAUCUGGUUAAUGAGGCACUUCUUGAGAGCAAUGAAAAAUCAUCUAUAUACUUCCCAAAGCCCUUCUCCUUAAACUGUCGCAUUAGUGCAAUGCUUAAGGAAAACAAUGUUCUUCAAGAGGCGUGGACAAAAGUCAGCUGGAACCUGGCCUCCCGACCAGUACAUGACCAGUCAUUGGAUGAUAUUGUAGCUCGGGAUUUCGCCAAAGAUGCAUGGAUGAACCUUGAAGCCGAAGCAGAAUUUGUGGCACUUGAGCUAGAAGAAUUAGUUUUUGAGCAGCUUUUAGAUGAAGUUCUUUGUUUUUGAGACAGUAGUUUAAGCCAAAUAGAUUGCUUCCUAAGAAAAAUAGUGGUUGAUUUCUCCAACUUCUUUUUUUGUGUUUUAAUUCAACAAUACAUGAAUCUAGAUCAUUCAUAAAUAUGGGUUCUUGAUGAAAUCCAUGUUCAUGAAUUAACAAGAUUUUAUAUUGUAGAAUUAUAAUUGUAAGAUAUAUGGUUCCUUGAAUUAGUACACAAAAUCCUUUUUUAUUUUUAUA